AUGACCAACCUGGGGCCGACGUCCACGCAGCCCGGCAAGCGCCCAAACGGCAUCUCGGCUGGGAACACCAGCUGCUAUCUUCACGAGCCUCAGAUCGCGAACGAACCUAAUUCGCAUGACACUCGUGUCUCCUCCACAGCCUCUAGGCGGAUGAAGCAGGUCCUGCUGACACCAAUUAUCACGAACAGCUUUUCCAGAAGAUUUCACGAUUCCAUUUGGGGGAACCAGCCUCCGGGGUCCUUCUCAUCUACUCCCAGAGCAUACUCCACAUUCUGGAGAAUAACAGAAUUGAGUGGAAACAGCUUCAGAACCUCAUAUCCUGAUGCUCUUCCGUUCCCUCAGGCCUCCAGCGGCACCCUCUACCACAUCCUCAUGGACCUGUCCCUCUUCGAACAACAGGGAGCAGAGGCUUUAUUACGAGAUAUUAAGAUAUUGGUAAUGUCUCAUAACAUCCCCACCAGACUUUUCUCACAGUGGAAUGCCACCAAAGUGGAGGUGCCUGUAACUUUGGAAGAUGUUACCCAGAGCCAGACCACAGAAGAAGUUAUUACUGAGUGUCUUACACUCAUUCUCAAGAUGGGAGUAUAUCUUGCAACACUCAAGGUGGGCAACAAAGGCCUGGGCGAGUGCCUCCACACUGCUGUGCCAGAGCUGCUGAUCCCAGCAGAAACAAUCCAGUAUUUGUGCAGGAGCCAAGAAUGUUUGAGCCCAGCGGAAUUUCUGAAGAUGUACAAAAACCCUUUGCAGCCACAAAUGGAUUCAGAAAUAGUAUGGCCUACUCCUACUCAUAUGUCUACAUGAAACCCUAUGGACAAGCUACCUACCAAUGUGUCUAAAGAUGUGUUUACAAAUCCCAAAGCCCUGGGAUGGAGUUGGCCUGAAACUUUAAUGUCCAUCUCUUCACCCAUGCAGAGGGAAAACAAAGCAAGCAAUAAAGUUGUCAGGAAGACUUGAGAGUGGUGUGCUGGUGUUCUUUCAAAGCAGGGCUGAGGGAUUAGUGACUCUCUAGUUGUUGAACUUCUCUUUCUUUGAGUCUUGACUCCUUGUGACUAAAAGUAGUUGGGGAGGGGAGCAAUGAUGGGCAAAUGCUUAUCAGUGGCCUGUACAUCCUAGCAUCUUCCAGGUUCUUGCCUAACUAUUCCCUUUUUCUUUCUGGGGUGACUCUGGUUCACUUCCCAAGCAAUUUAAUUCACUGGUGGAUUAGAGAAAAAAAUACAACUCUUUGAGUAGGAAAAUUACAGUAAAUUGUUUUUACAGUGACAAAAAAGAGAAUAAUUUUACUUGGCAGAUGAACCCAACAAAAUAUCCAAAAUAACUUUCAAAAUUCAACUCAUUUAUAGCAAUACACAUUUUCCAGAGUUCAGCCUAUGGAAGUUACAGAAACCAGAGCAGAAGGGUUAAUACA